CAGCAGGGCUGGGCGGGGGUUGGUUCAGUGAGAGCCGGACAAGGAGUGUAGUCUCUGCUUGCUGCCGCUGAUGCUAAUACUCUUGGCCCCGUGUGGGUCUGGGUGUUUAACUGGCCAGCUAGUCGCUCCCAAGGUGCUGUAGCUUGCCUCUGUAACAUGCUGCUGCCACCCAUGACAUGUGUCACUGUAGUCUUAGUGCGGCUGUAUCACGCCUGUAGUCCCUAGCGGGUGGUGGCUGCCACGGUCUAGUGUAGUGGAGCACCCCUUCGUAGUGUAUAAAAGUGACGGGAUGGAGUGCCACACGUGAUAACGCUCGUGUCAUCACUGAUAAACAAACUCUCUGAGGCCAGGUGGCCUCACCACACGAGGGUGAAGGGCCAGGUGCUGGCUUCUUCGCUCUUGAGAACCACCAACCGGUUACAAAGGGGAACACCCCCUCACAUUCUACCCCAGGUUUCUCUGGAACAACUUUCUUCCCUCCCCCCACAGCACAGUUGGAAUGCUCAGUUAGCGUCGUGCUGGUGUGGUAGUGACAGAGCCACGCCCCUGGAAUUGUCCCAUCUUCAACAUGUGUCUGCGUGAUGGUGGGCGGUGGGCGGCGGAGCAGGCUGGUGGGCGGCGGUGAGGGCGGCGCGCGGCCAUGACCGGGGACGGCACGGGCGGGGGGGCGCAUGAGCCCAGCACUGGGGGCGUCGGGGGCGCCACCAUGGGUGUGCGCUGGGGCGACGUCCCCCCAGACAAGGAGGAGCUAAUGGAGACGAUGGAUGACGACAAGGAGGAUGGGUGUGGUGGGCGGGGGUCGUCAGCGGGGCUCACGCGGCUACACAGUCGUUCCAUGACCUCCCUCCCCCCGGAGCCCUUCAUGAUCAUGCGCUCCAAGGCGCUCAAUCGCCGCGUCCAGCUCAACGUCGGCGGCGUGCGGCACGAGGUGCUGUGGCGCACGCUUGAGCGCCUGCCGCACACCCGCCUUGGCCGCUUGCGGGAGUGUAACACACACGAGGCCAUCAUGGAGAUCUGUGACGACUACUCUCUCAUAGACAACGAAUACUUCUUUGAUCGACACCCGCGAUCUUUCUCCUCAAUUCUUAACUUCUACCGAACGGGGAAGCUGCACUUAGUCGAGGAGAUGUGUGUACUGGCUUUCUCGGACGACUUGGAGUACUGGGGCAUCGACGAACUGUAUCUCGAGUCGUGUUGUCAACACAAAUACCACCAGCGCAAGGAGCACGUACACGAGGAAAUGCGGAAGGAGGCUGAGUCGCUCCGCCAACGUGAGGAGGAAGACUUCGGAGAUGGAUGGUGCGCGCCUUACCAGAAGUUCCUGUGGGACCUGCUGGAGAAACCGCAGACUUCCCUAGCUGCCCGGGUACUGGCUGUGAUCUCCGUGAUCUUCAUCGUCAUGUCGACGCUCGCUCUUGUGCUCAACACGGUGCCCAGUUUUCAGGGUCCCGAGCAAGGAGACAAUGAAAAACUAGCCAUGGUGGAGGCGGUAUGCAUUACAUGGUUCACGCUAGAGUACGUCUUGCGGUUCGCCGCAAGCCCCAACAAGUGGAAAUUCUUUAAAGGCGCAAUGAAUGUUAUAGACCUGCUUGCCAUUCUACCCUACUUCGUUUCCUUGUUCCUUAUCGAGUCAAACAAACACACAGACCAGUUCCAAGACGUGAGAAGGAUCGUUCAGAUCUUCAGAAUUAUGAGAAUUCUUAGAAUUCUAAAGCUUGCCCGACAUUCAACGGGUCUCCAAAGCUUGGGAUUUACUCUGAAAAAUUCAUACAAAGAGUUAGGUUUGUUGAUGUUGUUUUUAGCCAUGGGCGUGUUAAUCUUUUCGAGCCUCUGCUAUUUUGCGGAAAAAGACGAAAAUCCUGUGUACAAAAGUAUACCCGAGACUUUCUGGUGGGCGGGUAUUACCAUGACGACAGUGGGAUAUGGAGAUAUGUAUCCUAUUACGCCACUCGGCAAGGUGAUCGGAUCCGUGUGUUGUAUCUGUGGUGUGCUGGUCAUUGCGCUGCCCAUCCCUAUCAUCGUCAACAACUUCGCCGAGUUCUACAAGAACCAGAUGCGACGGGAGAAGGCCCUCAAGCGACGCGAGGCCCUAGAGAGAGCCAAGAGAGAGGGAUCCAUCGUGUCCUUCCAUCAUGUUAACCUCCGUGACGCCUUCGCCAAGUCCAUGGACCUGAUAGACGUCAUUGUGGACACAGGUCACAACAUGUCCCAGGCAGAUGCCAACUCGGUGGCUGGGGAGUCGAUGCGUGCCGGGCAGACAGGUACAGGCUGCUACAAGAACCACGAGCAUCACAUGGGUCGCCUGCAGAAGGAGGCGCAGCAGGGGGGGGAGAGCGGUGACCCGGGGGUGAUCACUAACCCCCCAGCACCUAAUAUACUCGACCUCCCGGCCACCGAGGACCACCGACCACCACCAUCACCAGACUACCAGACUCCGGACGCAGCCGCUACCCUGGACUGCAAGCAGGUCGACAACAAUAUGAAUGAGGGGGCCAGUGGCCGCUAUCACGUCUCCGAGUCGCAACCCAGUAUAUUCAACCAGGACUACAAGGAGUUCAUAGACGCUGAAUGCUUGGUGCCUGCGCCUGUGUCUGAGACUACCUUGCCCAUUGAGCUGCAUCCACUGAAGACCCAGGACGGGUCACGGAACAACGGAGGGGCUGGUCACGACCUCGCCUCCAUGGACUCCACUGACACCUUCGCCUCGUGUCCCACCCACCCCUUCAAUUCUCAGGCCGACCUCACUGAUGACCAACCUAAUAACAAAGAUUCCAACCUAUAUGUGAAUCCGCUCGACGCUGAUGGGUACCAGCCUGCCCCUGCUGCUGCUGCUGCUGCAGCUGCGACUGCUACUGCUGCGGCUACUACCGCAGCUACAGGGCCCCGCACGCCCACUCCACGGACGUCGCCCCGACAUCGGCCACUGCCACGCCCUCAAGGCUACACCACGGACUCCUUCGACGACACCCGAAGCACGGAUAACCUCCUGGGCAGCAGCCGCUCCUCCCUACAGGAUUCACCACUUCCAAAACAUCGCCGUGCGCGCUUCCAGGAGGAGAAGCCACGACCGUUCACGAGGCUGCUGGAGUCUGUGGAGCGAGCCCGUACAACGAGGGAAGGUUCAGCAGCUGACAAGCCCAACAAGCUCUCCAACAGAGGUUUCAACGGUAGCAAAUCAUCGCUAGGUGGAGAUUCUCUCGACUCGAAGCGCUCACAUGGCUCUCCUGAGCGGCGGAAGUCCAUCCUCAAGCACCGAGACCCGGAGACCGAGCAGCUGCUGCCGGACCUCACCUACUCCCCGCCAAGCGAACACGAGAAGCUGGGGCGUCCCACUCUGAAGGGCAUUGGGCCAAGGACGGGCGGAAAGCCUCACGCCCUCCCCGUCAAGUUUGUGGGCGUGGACGAGGAGGAGGACAGCAAUCGCCCGCGCCGCAUCCUGCCCCGCUCUCCCAUGCCAAGGAGACACCCCCAGCGAGCGCCGCUUGCGGACCUACUCGCAGAUUUCGCUGGGCAGGAAAAGGCGGCACGGGACGAGGCGACUCCGGAAAAUAUUUUAAAAGAUUCACUGGAGCCUAAUCUGGCGACCAGCCUUGACCAGCGUAACGCCAACACGGUGCUGCGCUGUUCUAAGGCGCCAUGUUUAUAUAACCAGCCGACCUCCACCUCGCCCAUGGCCAUAUUCCCUGGCGAGGUGGGCGAGCCGCUGCUCUGCCUGUGUGGGGCGCCCAUGACCCGGGUGGCCGCUCAUUCGCCCACCAUCAUCACACCCACCAGCGCCCUGCCUCACUCCCGCCCACUCUUGGAGAACUGCCUCCUCAUUGAUGACCUCAACAACGGCCCGGCAACCUUGAGAAACAUGGAUGAUCUGCUCUUCGCCGACCACACCCCCACAGAGGAGACUCACCUUCUGGACCGCUCCCUCUCUCUCACACACAACUCCGGCCUUAACAGCUAACCCGUUGUGUUAUGAAUGUCGACAUUCCUUACUUCUGGUCGCCUCUAGAGGGGCUCCGCCAGCACUGAACGGAGACGUUCGAUUUGUCCUUCGGGAGCGUCCCAUGUGCCUCUUCCCUCCUGACGAUGCCCGAUGUUCUCUCGUCCUUGCGAAGUCAAGUGUACACCUGGAGUCUAGUGUGCACUCGAAGUCUGACGUGACGCUUGUGAAAAGUAUCCUGUGUUGGAAACUAGCUGAUUGUGGGGAGACUGAUGUGAGGGAAAGUAGCAGAAUACAAGCUAGCUAACUGUAGGAAGUCAGCGAGUGUGCAUAACUAGCAGAAUUCAGGAAGUUACCGGGAAGUAGGAAGCAAGUAGAAUGGGGUUAGUGUGUCUGUUCGGAAAGCUAGCAGAGUGUGGGAAGUUAGCAGGUGUGGGAAGCUAGCUGAGAAGUUAACGGAAUGUAAAUAACUAACGUAGUGUGAGAAGUUAUCAGUGUGUUGAAAAGUAGUAAAAUAUUAAGAGCCAGCAGAGUAUAGAAAGCAAGUGGAGUGUGAAAAGUUAGUGGAAUGUGGGAAGCCAGAGGACUGUAAGAGGUUAGCAGGUGUGAGAAGCUAGCGGAGUGUAUUAAUCUAGAGAAGUGUGAGGAUAAAAGUAGUGUGGGGUGUGGGAGGCCUAGGGAUGACCACCUCUUAGGUUAGUAAGGCAUAAAAGACGAGAGAACCACAAAACAAUAAAGACCAGCUUAAAUUACCAGCCAGUUCCUGGGACGGCGAUAACCCAGAAUGUAGAGUACGCUAGAGAGUUUCUAAGAAGUAUGAAAAGUCAUGUGAAAAGUCAUAAAUGUGUGUGAAGAAGAGAGACGGUGGAAUAACAUCUUUGCAUUAUGAAACUCACUUAGCUAGGUCAAGUAGUAUGCCAGGUGAGAUAACAUUGGAAAAAGGCUAGGUGGAUAGACUAUGCAUAGUAACAGAAUAGUAGCCAACAGUUUACAAUGAUUAGAUGUUUGAACCGAAAAUGGGUGUUGUGUCCGGAAUGUGACAGCGAGAGUAUGGCGUAUUGGAUAAGUCAUGUAUAGGAAACCAAUUUAGCAGUCCAGAGUGUUGUAAGCUAGCGUGUACAGCAGAGCAAAGAGCGUCACGGGGGAUUCUUUGAGAUGAAAAAUGAAGCCACCAAAAUUUUGGCUUAAGCCCGGGGCCAUGGAACUCCUGGGUGAGCAGGUGGCAUCACUGUGGGGCCAUACAAAGUCAUACAAGGCCUAAGCUGGAUCAUCCGAGUUUGUGGUGAUGAACCACAACCUCUGUAUGGCUCUAC